GGUCGUCUCUUCUGGUCUCUCUCUCCUCCCAUCUUACAAAAGAUUUUCUUAAAAUUAGUUCCUUCUUCUUCUUCCUUGAUAUACACCAACGCGCAAUCCUAACCCUUAACCUUAUACUUCCUUCCUUAAUUAAUCUGAAUUUGCUAACUUGUUCCGACUUCAUCUCUUUCACUCGCAAUCUGAGUUCUGGCUAAAGAUUUUGACUUGGAGGAGGUGAGGAGAUUCAUUGUUCCGAGUAGAGUGAGAAAAAAAGAGACUUUUUUAAGAUUGAAGAAGAAAGAUGCGAAUUUUGUGCGAUGCCUGCGAGAACGCAGCCGCUAUCGUCUUUUGCGCCGCCGAUGAAGCUGCCCUUUGUCGCCCCUGCGAUGAAAAAGGAACGUACGUUUUGUCUCCAGAGUUUGCAUUUUGUAUAACUUCUGGAGAAUGAAAAUUAUCCAUUUUUCCGCUCUUUGCCAUUAAUCAACCCCUUACUUCAGUUAGAUGACUCUUAAGGGUUCAUAUGUGCAACAAGCUAGCUAGUCGGCAUGUACGUGUUGGUUUAGCCGAACCAAGCAAUGCACCGUGCUGUGAUAUAUGCGAAAAUGCACCUGCCUUCUUUUACUGUGAGAUAGACGGUAGUUCCCUUUGCCUGCAAUGUGACAUGGUAGUACAUGUUGGUGGCAAGAGAACUCACGGUCGGUUUCUUUUGCUGAGACAGAGAAUUGAGUUUCCAGGUGAUAAGCCUAAACCAAGCACUACUAGGGACAGUUUGCAGAACCAAAGAGUCUCUACACAUGCAAAUGGUGAAGCUAAUGGCAAGAUGGAUGACGAAAUGAUCGAUUUAAAUGCUAAUCCGCAAAGAGUACAUGAGCCAGCAUCAAACAACAAUGGCAUUGAUGGAAAUAACUCAAACAAUCACGAGCCUGCAGGCAUUGUACCCGUUGGACCCUUUAAACGAGAGUCUGAGAAGUGAUAAAGGUGAAUGAGAGAGAGAGAGACUUUACUCUCUGAUACCAAUAUAAUCAGUUUAAGAAGAAGAUUGUAAAAAGUUUCAAGAACUGGAGAUCGUUUGCUCUACGCCAGCUUUGUUGUUGGAGAGGGGAAGGUUUAUGUUGUUUGUGCAUUAUCUUAGUUUAACGGAAUUAGCUUAAGGGCUCACAGUCACAGGGAUAUAAGCUAAUAUCUGAAAUUCUGAAUAUUUUUAUUUUCUU